AGAUGGCGGGAGGGCGGCUCUGAGGAGACCUCGGCGGCGGCGGAGGAGGAGAGAAGCGCAGCGCCGUGCCGCGCCGGGGCCCAUGUGGGGAGGAGUCGGAGUCGCUGUUGCCGCCGCCGCCGCCGCCAGUAACUGCUGGACCGGAGUGGGAGUGAGGGGGAAACGGCAGGAUGAAGUUCGCCGAGCACCUCUCCGCGCACAUCACUCCCGAGUGGAGGAAGCAGUACAUCCAGUAUGAGGCUUUCAAGGAUAUGCUGUAUUCAGCUCAGGAUCAGGCACCUUCUGUGGAGGUUACAGAUGAGGACACAGUAAAGAGGUAUUUUGCCAAGUUUGAAGAAAAAUUUUUCCAAACCUGUGAAAAGGAACUUGCCAAAAUCAACACAUUUUAUUCAGAACGUGUCCAACAUAGGAAUAUUAAAGACCUUAAACUGGCCUUCAGCGAGUUCUACCUCAGUCUUAUCCUGCUGCAGAACUAUCAGAAUCUGAAUUUUACAGGGUUUCGAAAAAUCCUCAAAAAGCAUGACAAGAUCCUGGAAACGUCUCGUGGAGCAGAUUGGCGAGUGGCUCAUGUAGAAGUGGCGCCUUUUUAUACGUGCAAGAAAAUCAACCAGCUCAUCUCUGAAACUGAGGCUGUAGUGACUAAUGAACUUGAAGAUGGUGACAGACAAAAAGCUAUGAAGCGUUUACGUGUUCCCCCUUUGGGAGCUGCUCAGCCUGCACCAGCAUGGACUACUUUUAGAGUUGGCCUGUUUUGUGGAAUAUUCAUUGUACUGAAUAUUACCCUUGUGCUUGCCGCUGUAUUUAAACUUGAAACAGAUAGAAAUAUAUGGCCCUUGAUAAGAAUCUAUCGGGGUGGCUUUCUUCUGAUUGAAUUCCUUUUUCUACUGGGCAUCAACACAUAUGGUUGGAGACAGGCUGGAGUGAAUCAUGUGCUCAUCUUUGAACUGAAUCCAAGAAGCAAUUUGUCUCAUCAACAUCUUUUUGAGAUUGCUGGAUUCCUCGGGAUAUUGUGGUGCCUAAGCCUUCUGGCAUGCUUCUUUGCUCCACUUAGUGUCAUCCCCACAUAUGUGUAUCCACUUGUCCUUUAUGGAUUUAUGUUUUUCUUUCUUAUCAACCCCACCAAAACUUUCUAUUACAAAUCCCGGUUUUGGCUGCUUAAACUGCUGUUUCGAGUAUUUACAGCCCCCUUCCAUAAAGUAGGCUUUGCUGAUUUCUGGCUGGCCGAUCAGCUGAACAGCCUGUCAGUGAUAUUGAUGGACCUGGAAUAUAUGAUCUGCUUCUACAGUUUUGAGCUCAGAUGGGAUGAAAGUGGGGGCCUGUUGCCAAAUAAUUCAGAAGAGCGAGGUCACUCAGACACCAUGGUAUUCUUUUACCUUUGGAUUGUGUUUUGUAUCAUCAGUUCCUGCUAUACCCUCAUCUGGGAUCUGAAGAUGGACUGGGGUCUCUUUGAUAAGAAUGCUGGAGAAAACACCUUUCUCCGGGAAGAGAUUGUAUACCCCCAAAAAGCCUAUUACUACUGUGCCAUCAUAGAGGAUGUGAUUCUGCGCUUUGCUUGGACUAUCCAAAUCUCAAUUACCUCCAUGACAUUGUUGCCUCAUUCUGGGGACAUCAUUGCUACUGUCUUUGCUCCUCUUGAGGUUUUCCGGCGAUUUGUAUGGAACUUCUUCCGCCUGGAGAAUGAACAUCUGAAUAACUGUGGUGAAUUCCGUGCCGUGCGGGACAUUUCUGUGGCUCCUCUGAAUGCAGAUGACCAGACACUCCUAGAACAGAUGAUGGACCAGGAUGAUGGGGUACGAAACCGCCAGAAAAACCGUCCGUGGAAGUAUAACCAGAGCAUAUCCCUGCGCCGGCCUCGCCUCGCUUCUCAAUCCAAGGCUCGUGACACUAAGGUAUUGAUAGAAGACACAGAUGAUGAAGCUAACACUUGA